GUGUUCUCGCUCGCGAAUACGCUCGUGCUUGCAUUCGGCGAUGCAUUCAAUUGCUCGCAGUGCUCGCACUUGCCGUGUCGGCGUCGCGUCGGAAUUGUCGGCAGUUUCAUGAGCGUAGUGCCUUCGUGUGUCUUGUUUGUGUUUGUGUUGUGUUCCAAGGACUCGAGUACGUGCGUGUGCGUACUUGUGUUGUGUGCUGCUUCUUGAAGACGAAGCUACCGUCGCCUCGACUCCAUCGCCCCUGCUAUAUCGCAGUCGCUUGUCGCGCGAUCUGCAAAAUGUGCAAAACAAACGUACACAAUUAGCAAUAACGAUCGAACGGGCCAACGGGGGAAGUGGAAUAACACUGUGAAAAUUAGAGCAAGUUAGGGACAGACGCGAAAAGGUGUCGCGAGGCGGAAUUCGGUGCUGGUCAAUCGAUAUGACACUCGCGUAACUCUCGCGCGAUCAUGGAUCGCUGCCCUGCCCGAAGAAGAUCGUCGUCCUCGUCGUCGUCGUCGUGGCCGUCGUCGUGGUCGUGGUCGUUGCUGUCGCCGCUGCCGCCGCCGUCGUCAUCCUCAUCUCUGUCAUCGUCGCUCAUAGUAAACACGAUAGAUCGCGACGAUCCGACGGGGCUGGAACAGUGAACGGGGAGGGGAGGCGGUGCGUGUUUCAUUAGCGUACAUAUCAUCGGUAUACCUACUCGUAAUCGGAGAACUUCUCGUUAAAGAAAAGGAGAGAGAGUGGCAAGUUGGAAACAGUGCCGCUGCGUCUCCCAGCAGAGAAUAUUUCGGACGUUGUAUCGAAGGAAAAAUUCAAGUGGUGCUUCCUAUUUUCUCUCGAGUAGACGAAAAACUGCUUGGUUUACUAAUUAAACCGUGUGGCAUUGCUGCAACAAUCCUCCUUAGUGGAUCGAAAACCUCCCUCCUCCCCCCUCCACCAAAAAAAAAAAAAAGAGAACGGGAAGGAAAACAAGAAGAUUUUUGGACGUUCGGUGGAAAAAGGACGGAGGAACGUUCUCAAUCAUAAUUCCAUCGCCGUUCUCGUCGCCGGAAAUCGGAGCAGAGUCGUUUUCGAAUGCGGAGAGUGGCACAAUGGUGAUACGAUCAUAAUUACCAAUUCGCAGCUUGCCACGUGCAAAUGCAAUUGCUCAGAUUUGUCUGCAACCGCGUGAAGACCCUUAAGACUGCCCGUCUCCUUACCAAGUACCCUUUCAAGUACCAUGUGGAAGUAGUAAUCUAUAAAUCCCACUGAAAGGAGGAUGCCAGUAACUAAACGCAUUCCAUAUCCUUCGCGAUCCGACGGCGGUAGUAGCGAGAGCCCAUUGCUCGUGGAAGAAGGUGAGACAGUCGGUGCACCUCACAGUCCACGCAAUAUACACAGUCACAGCCAUUCACAUGGCAAUCCACACCGAUCUCACAGUUAUCAUCAUGAAAAGCCCAAACAAUUAGUGAAAUACGGUGAACUAGUUAUACUUGGGUACAAUGGUUACCUUCCACCUGGUGAUAGAGGAAGAAGGAGAAGUAAAUUCGUAUUAUACAAAAGACCCGUGCCAAAUGGUGUUAAGCGUAGCAAGCAUUACAUCGUUAAAACGCCCCAUAGUUCGCAAGCUAUCCUCAACACGAAACAGCACUCGAUUUCGUACACACUUUCCAGAACACAGGCUGUUAUUGUCGAAUAUACAGAAGAUGAAAAAACGGAUAUGUUUCAGAUCGGUCGUUCGUCCGAAUCGCCUAUCGAUUUCGUAGUGAUGGACACAUGUGCGGGCAGUGGUGAUGGUGGUCUCGCUAAUGAAGGACGUGUCGCUCAAAGCACUAUCAGCAGGUUCGCUUGUCGGAUCCUGGCAGAUCGAUUGGAUCCCAGAAUCGCUAGAAUCUAUGCUGCAGGCUUUGAUAGUUCAAGAAACAUUUUUUUAGGGGAAAAGGCAACUAAAUGGCAAGAGAAUCGCGAGAUUGACGGACUUACGACAAACGGGGUCCUGAUAAUGCAUCCGCGGGGUCAGUUCUGUGGUGGCGAGGCGCAAUGUGGUUUCUGGCGAGAAGUUAGUGUAGGCGGCGGAGUUUUCUCGCUCAGAGAAAGUAGGAGCGCUCAACAGAAAGGCAACGUCGUAGAGGACGAAAGCAAUAUUCUACAAGAUGGUACUCUGAUUGACCUCUGUGGCGCCACUUUACUUUGGCGAUCAGCCGAAGGUCUCGCGAAGUCUCCGACAAAACAAGAUCUAGAGGAAUUAGUUGAUGCUAUAAAUGCCGGCAGGCCACAAUGUCCUGUAGGCUUAAACACAUUGGUUAUACCACGUAAAGCAGCUUCGGAUUCGACGCAGCAGCAGCCAUACGUUUACCUUAAAUGCGGUCAUGUACAAGGGCAUCAUGAUUGGGGCCAGGAAAAGGAUAAAGUUACGAGAAAGUGUCCCAUGUGCCUUGUCGCAGGGACGGUAGUAAAACUGUCUAUGGGAAUAGAGCCUGCCUUCUACGUAGACUGCGGACCGCCCACUUAUGCAUUUAGUCCCUGUGGACACAUGGCUACAGAAAAAACUGUCAAAUAUUGGGAGAAAGUAGCCAUUCCACAUGGCACAAAUGGCUAUAUCGCGAUCUGUCCCUUCUGUGCGAUACCGCUCGAGGGAACGCCAGGAUAUGUAAAACUAAUUUUUCAGGAUAAUGUAGAUUAAAAAUAUAAAAUAAUGGAAACAUGUAGAAAUUAAUAACUUCU